UUGAGUUUUGAAAUGGGCGUCCUUGUAACGGGGCGUUGAAAUCGGCGAGCGUCUCUGUCGAUCUCGAUUUGUUUUGCCGUCGGUCUCAACUCUCAGGUCUGAGGAGUGAGGAGUGAGGAAUGCCUCGGGAACCCGUAGCCCGCACCUCCGGCUCUCUUUUUAUCCCAGGUCGCGUUUUUCCCCUUUUCCGCCCUGCGACGCCCGUUUUCGAGGAGGACGCAGCCAUUUCAUCGGACGUGUUAUGAAUAUUACCUCGAAAGGAUUUUACGAACCAAGGCCGAUUUUAGAACAGCUCAAAAAUGGCUGAAUUGAUUCCACAGCCCGGUUGCGGAAAUCCAUUAUCGUCAGCCAAUAUUGUUAAAGAAGGAUGGCUCUAUAAGAGAGGUGAACAUAUUAAAAACUGGAGAUCGAGGUAUUUCCUUUUACUAGACGAUGGUUCUCUUAUGGGUUACAAGAACAAACCGGACAUCCCUUCGGAUCCUCUUAAUAAUUUCACAGUCAAGGGUAGUCAGGUGAUGAGGGCAGACCGUCCUAAACCGUAUACGUUUAUUAUAAGAGGACUGCAGUGGACAACAGUCAUUGAGCGUACUUUCCAUGUUGAAAGUGAGAGGGAGAGAGAAGAAUGGGUAGAUGCAAUUCAACGAGUUUCGAACAAACUUUCCGAACCUGCUGAUGUUGAGAUGAGAGUAGAUGGUUACAACCCAGUUCAAGAUCGAGGCUUCGAAGAUUUAACUAUUCCAACUGUUGAAGAAUUGAGUGUUAAGUUUUCUGAACAAGGGACCUCGAAUAGUAAGGGCUCUGGGAAAAAGAAAGUUACGCUCACAAAUUUUGAGUUUUUGAAAGUACUCGGAAAAGGAACUUUUGGGAAAGUUAUUCUUUGCCGAGAAAAAGCCACCGGAAGGCUUUAUGCUAUUAAAAUUUUGAAAAAAGAAGUCAUCAUUCAAAAAGAUGAAGUAUCUCACACACUGACUGAAAAUCGGGUUCUCCGAAAUACAAAUCACCCUUUUUUAAUUUCUUUGAAAUAUUCGUUCCAAACUGCUGACCGCCUCUGUUUUGUCAUGGAGUACGUUAAUGGUGGUGAAUUAUUUUUCCAUUUGUCACGUGAUAGAAUAUUUUCUGAAGACAGGACUCGGUUCUACGGUGCAGAAAUCAUUUCUGCCCUUGGAUAUUUACAUGCAAAUGGAAUAAUUUAUCGUGACCUAAAAUUGGAAAAUCUCCUUUUAGACAAAGAUGGUCAUAUUAAAAUUGCUGACUUCGGCCUUUGUAAAGAAGAUAUCAAAUAUGGGAGCACAACAAAGACAUUUUGUGGAACCCCUGAAUAUCUCGCUCCCGAGGUCCUUGAAGACAACGAUUAUGGGAGAGCUGUAGACUGGUGGGGUGUCGGCGUUGUUAUGUAUGAAAUGAUGGUCGGAAGGCUUCCGUUUUACAAUAAAGAUCAUGAUGUUUUAUUUACUCUUAUAAUAAUGGAAGAGGUCAAAUUCCCCAGAACGUUAUCUAGUGAAGCUAAAGACCUUUUGGCUGGACUCCUUGUAAAAAAUCCUCACAUGAGAUUGGGAGGUGGCCCUGAAGAUGCCAAAGACAUCAAAGCACAUCCCUUCUUUUCUUCGAUAAACUGGACUGAUCUUGAUCAAAAGAGGAUCCAGCCUCCGUUCAAGCCUCAUGUCACUUCCGAAACAGACACGUCUUACUUUGAUUCCGAGUUCACUGGAGAGUCGGUUGAGCUGACUCCGCCAGAAAAUGCCGCAGGUUAUUUGAACAGCAUAGCUGAGGAAAAUGACCCGACACAGCCUUAUUUUCCCCAGUUCAGCUUUCAGUGUGUUGGUUCUACUUCGACAGCUAAAAGCUUUAGCACUGGGUCACUUGUUCAUAAUUAAGUACGUAUUUUUAUUAGUUGUAAAUAGGUUAUUUCACUAAUGACUUGCUGCAGGAAAAAUAAAAAAAUAUAAAAAUAUAAAAAAAAAA